AUGGGAGUGCUCAUGUCUAAGAAGCAGCAGGUGCAGAAAUGCACCUCGGUCGUCUCUGCCUUUCAGCAGGGCAUGAAGGAACGCGCUCCAUCCACAACAAACCAGGGGGAAAGAUCUGGAGAGGGGCCGGCUGAAUCCUUGCCACCACCAAAUCCAAAGGAGGGGGAGCACGGGGAGGCAGACAGCAAAGUGGGACCCUCGGGGACCUCCCAGCAAGCUGCUGCUCCAGGUCCGGCUCCCACCAGGGACGAGUGUAAGGUCAACCAGGAGGCCUGGAAUAGGUUACGGGAUGGGAAGGGGGUGGAGCCUGAGGAUCUGGACAAGACCGGCCAUCAGCUCACCCCACCUGCAUUUGUACGUCCCAAGAGAGAUGCCAAUGAUGACCAGCCUGUAGAAAUAGCACUGGGACAGAGAGAGCAGCCGGUCAAUGAUGAGAUGUGCGAGGUGUGUGAGGUGUGGACGGCCAACGACCUCUUCCCCUGCAGGACCUGCACACGAGUCUUCCAUGAUGGCUGUCUGAGGGAGUUGGGCUACCUGCGCACCGAACUCCUGCAGGAGAUGAGGGAGACAGCCCACACUUCAACAGGCUGGAGCUGCUACUACUGCGACAAUGUGAACCUGCUUCUGACUGAAGAGGAGAUGUACAGCCUAAUGGAAACAUUCAAGCAGUGCAAGAUCAUCCCUGAGUCGUGCCUGGUGUCAGAUGAGCUGCUGCAGUACCGCCACUUUGUGUCCAAGCAACUGUUUGAGAAGGACCUGUCUGAUGAGCAGGAAGAGGAGGUACUGGCUCAGUUCGCUGCCCUGGACCCAGAGAAGAGGGGCCAGAUUGAGUGGUCUGACUUCCUAUACCAUGAGUCCCUGGGAGUGCUCAGGAAGUUCCGCACCGAGAACUCGUUGGUGCGUCUGUUGAGCGCUAAGGAGAGAGACCACGUGCGGUCAGUGUUCGUGGGUUUGGACCUGGAUAAAGAUGGUGUGGUCACGGGAGCAGAGACCCGCUGGGCCCAGCAGUCCUGGUUUCAGAAGUCCAGCAAGGAGUCCCAGUCCUGCAACGUGAGUAUUAGCCACGUUGGCCCCAUAUCUGAGAGCAGUCCAGCCAGCUCCAGCAGUGAGAGAAGCAGUCAGAAAGAUGACAACAGACCAGUGAGCUGGGAAGACUUCCUGAGGGAGAGUGCCAUCUACAUCCUGGCUGCACGGCCCAACAGCUUGGCCAUGCACAUCCGCCUACCACUAUAG